AUGGCCGCCACCACGGAGGGAAUGGCCAGCGGCGGCGUCUUCCUGCUCCUACUCCUCCUCGUCGCCGGUGUCGUCGCCGUCUUUUUUCAGCUGAGGCGACGGUGGGGGGAUGGGAGCAGCAGCGCGCCGAGCCCGCCGUCGCUCCCGCUGCUCGGUCACCUGCACCUGCUCAAGAAGCCGCUGCACCGCUCGCUGGCCGCGCUCGCCGGGGCGGCGCCGCUUCUGUCGCUGCGGCUGGGCGCGCGCCGGGCGCUGGUCGUGUCCACCUACGCGGCGGCCGAGGAGUGCUUCACGGCGCACGACGCCGCGCUGGCGGGCCGGCCGCGGAUGCUCGCCGCGGAGCACCUAGGGUACGGGCGCACCACCGUCGUGUGGGCCUCCCACGGGGGCCACUGGCGCGGCCUGCGCCGGUUCCUCGCCGUCGAGCUCUUCUCGACCUCCCGCCUCGCCGCGCUCGCCGGUGACCGCCGCGCCGAGGUCGCGUCCCUCGUCCAGAGCCUACUCCACGACGCCAGCGCUAGCGCCGGGGGUGGGAUUGUUACCCUCCGGCCCAGGCUCUUCGAGCUGGUGCUUAACGUGAUGCUGCGCGCGCUCACCGCGCGCCGGCUUGCCGGCGACGUGCGCAGGAUUCAGGAGAUCGUCGAGGAGACGUUUGCGGUGAGCGGCGCGCCCAGCAUCGGGGACUUCUUCCCGGCGCUGCGGUGGGUCGACCGUCUCCGCGGCGUCGAGGCGGCGCUUGUAAGCCUGCAGACAAGGCGUGACGCGUUCGUCGGUGCCCUCAUCGAUGGCCAUCGGCGAACGCACAAUGCCGAUGCCCGAGACGUGGAGAAGAAGGGCGUAAUCGACGUACUCAUGGAGCACCAAGCAGCUGAUCCUGGGUAUUACACUGACACCGUCGUCAAAGGCAUCGUCUUGGUACUGCUCACCGCCGGCACGGACACAUCGGCACUGACCACCGAGUGGGCGAUGGCGCUGCUUCUGAAGCACCCAGAGGUGAUGCGGAAGGCGAGGGCUGAGAUAGACGCCAACGUCGGCAUGGGCCGACUGGUUGAGGAGUCAGACAUCACCAACCUACCUUACCUGCAGUGCGUUAUCAAGGAGACUCUUCGGCUCUGCCCCGUCGGCCCAAUCAUCCCUGCGCACGAGGCCAUGGAGGACUUCACGGUGGGUGGCUUUCAUGUCCAGCGCGGCACGAUGAUCCUCGUGAACGCAUGGGCGAUCCACCGGGACGUCAAAAUCUGGGAUACGCCAGAGGAGUUCAGGCCGGAGCGGUUCUUGGACAGAGACGCGGUCACCACGCCCAUGCUGCCGUUCGGGCUUGGCCGGAGGCGAUGCCCCGGGGAGGCGCUGGCGAUGCGCCUUGUCAGCUUGACUGUGGCAGCACUCGUGCAGUGCUUUGAGUGGGAUGUUGCUGAAGGCGACGCCAUCGACAUGGCCGAAGGUGGCGGGCUGACAAUGCCAAUGGCGACGCCGUUGGCGACUGUCUGCCGGCCCCGGGAGUUUGUCAAGAGCGUGCUCUCUGCUUCCACUUGA